GACACACGCUAGCUUGUCAGUAGCGCGCGCACUGACAGAUCGCGCGCUCGCCUCUGCGCAUGCGUUCCACAACGAACGUUUUCAAAUUAUGUCAUAGUGCGUUUACUUCUCGCGAGUCUAGAAAAUAAAUAGUGCUCUUUUUAUAUGUAAUUAUCGAAUAUUGGACAAAAUGGAGGCCAAACCAAGGAAUUUGCCUUAUCCCAAGGCAGUGGGAUUCAUAGUCACAAACGAGUUCUGCGAAAGAUUCUCCUACUAUGGCAUGCGAACAAUCUUGUCGCUGUACCUGCGCGGUAAGCUGGGCUACACUGACAAUGGAGCGACAGUCAUCUACCACAUAUUCUCUAUGUUCGCAUACUUCUUUCCCCUACUUGGUGCUAUGAUUGCGGAUGGGUGGCUUGGGAGAUAUAGAACUAUUCUGUACCUUUCAUUGGUAUACGCAUCAGGAAGUUCUCUGAUAUCAAUCAGUGCUAUGCCGCAACUCAACUUGCCAACCAUGCAGCUCACCAUCCUGGCUCUCCUGCUCAUAGCAUUCGGGACGGGCGGGAUCAAGCCUUGUGUCUCCGCCUUCGGUGGCGACCAGUUCCGGUUGCCCGAGCAAGAGAGAUAUCUAGGCUAUUUCUUCUCCAUGUUCUACUUUGCCAUCAACGCUGGCAGUCUCAUUUCGACCUUCUUGACACCGAUCUUGAGGGCCGAUGUGCAUUGCUUUGGAAGUAAUGACUGCUAUCCUUUGGCGUUUGGAGUUCCAGGGAUAUUGAUGGUUUCCUCCAUUGUGGUGUUCGUUGCCGGUAAAAGGCUGUAUAUUAUAAAGAAGCCAGCUGGAAACGUGCUCGGCAGAGUUGCCACUUGCAUUGGCUACGCAACAGUAAAAUCGUUCAAGAGUAAAGACAAACGCGAGCACUGGAUGGAUCGCGCCGAUGACAAGUACGACAAGAACCUCAUUGAAGACGUGAAGUCCCUGCUCCGAGUGCUCGUGCUCUUCAUACCUCUGCCGCUGUUCUGGGCUCUGUUUGACCAACAGGGAUCGAGAUGGACUUUCCAGGCUGACAGGAUGAAACAAGACAUCGGAUCAUGGACUUUGAAAGCUGAUCAAAUGCAAGUGCUCAACCCCCUGCUGAUUCUCUUGUUUAUACCUCUAUUUGAAGUGGCAAUUUACCCGUUCCUCACUUGGUGCAAGCUUAUUAGGAAGCCUCUACACAAAAUGAUUUGGGGUGGAAUGCUAGCUGCGUUUGCCUUCAUCAUUUCAGGAAUAGUAGAGCUUAGUUUAUUGCCAUCUUACGGCACACCAGUGGCUGAAGGGUUCGCUCAGCUAAGAGUUUACAACGGCUUUAACUGCAAAUUCACCUUAAGUACAGCAAACUUGAACGCACUUGACGUAAACGCGACUGUCAACGUGGAAAUAGGUCCACUGUCAGCUUACGAGAAACUCGAUAUCAUCGCUGACCGAGUCGUCGAGACCCCGUACUACUUACAAGGAGAGUCCAAUACUCAAUGCGCCGAUAUAGCAUACAGUGGCUACUUCAACUUAAAGGAGAAAACUGCAAACUCUUUCUUUAUCAGCAAAAAGGGAAUCAAUAAUUUCACAGAUAAUAAUGAUAAGGCUAUUGGUGGUGUUAAUGUUAGAUUUUUAACUAAUGUAAAUGACGUUGUUCAUAUAAGAAUAGAAGACAAGAAGAACAGAGAUGUGUUAAGCAUUCGUAGCAAUAAUUCUACUCAAAUGAAAAUCCCAAAAGGAGUGACCAAUGUCUACAUUGAUGGAAAUGUGGUAUUAAAGGACUUCCAUUUUAAAUCUGGAGCGUGUUAUACGAUAAAUGUGUAUGAAGAUGUACUUGGAACCUACACUGCCAACGCGGUAAUGAUCACGCCCGCCAACAGCGUUCACAUUCUGUGGCUGGUCCCGCAGUACGUCGUAAUGACGAUGGGAGAGGUCAUGUUCUCCGUCACUGGUCUGGAGUUCUCGUUCACUCAGGCCCCCGUCAGUAUGAAAUCAGUAUUACAGUCGGUGUGGCUGCUCACCGUAGCAUUCGGUAACCUGAUUGUCGUGCUCAUCGUGGAAGGAAACUUUUUGGAUGCCCAGUGGAAGGAGUUCUUCUUGUUCGCGGGUCUCAUGAUAAUCGACAUGCUGAUCUUCACAAUGAUGGCCUUCAGAUACCAAUACCGCAACCUGGACUCCAGCGAUGAGAACCUCACCGCCGCUGAAAUGAAACAACCGGAGAAGGCGCCACCAUCACCGGCCUUAACACAGGGUCCAACACAAGGCUCCGCACAAGGUCCAACACAAGGCUCCGCACAGGGUUCAACACAGGGCUCCACACAGGCCCCUACACAGGCAGCAGAACAGACAUCGUCAAACAAAAAUUAAUUGUUAUCUCUUGUAAAUAUACUUUUUAUUAUCUAUUUUAGUCUUA